CCGUUGGAAGCAAGUUUUGCUCUGGAGACAAGAUCGAAAUUUGCUUUUGUUCUGAUGAUCCCAUUGAAUAUAUUGAUUCUGUAAAUCCUACUUGGUUAGAUGGGAAUUUAAAUCCUUCCUCUAGCUUCAAUUACGAAUUUCAGAAUAAUAUUGAAUUAGAACCAAAAAAUUGUCAUACAUUAACUUAUACUAUUCCACAAAAUGUUCAACCUGAUGCUAGAUACAUUGUUCUAAUUGCAUAUAAUAAUACGUCUCCAAUAUCUGGAUCUUUCUUUAUUAAUAAGCCGGAUUUCGGAUUAGUUGUUACUCAACCGGAAAGUGGUUAUAAUGCUGUGUGUGGUGGUGAACUUAGUGUUGAAUGGGAAGAUCCAUACAAAAAAUAUCAAGAACUUGCUCUUGAUAUUCUUCUUACAACAGUUAAACCUCCUUAUUUGGUUAAGUCGCUUGCCUCAAAUGUGCCAGUUUCUGCAGGCAAGAAAUCUCUUACGCUUCCUCAGAGUAUUGAAAGUCGUAGAGAUUAUGAUUUUGUUUUCCUAGUAAAUCGUACUGUUGAUCUGGGAACAGAAGAUUAUAUCUCAAAUACAUUUACUAUUGCCGGCUGUUGA